CUUUACAGCGGUACAGGACGUGUGAGGCGCCUCUUAAACACGUUGUUGGGUAGGUGUCCAAAAAUAGUGGAUUAAAUUUAGUGGCGCUGAAACAGCAGAGUGGUGAACAAAUGAACGCGUCCGCGGCGGAAUGCCCAGAAGAGUCACGGGCGGAGGUGCGCGGCGCGGGGUCGCGCUCGGACAGCUCAAGCUGUAGCGAGUCUGAGGAAGAGCAGAACCUCAACGAUUUCCAGAGGAAAAUGAAGCUGGAGCAUCGGCAAGCACUGGCCAAAAUUAACAAGGCCUGUGUGAUGAUGGAGAGAAACCGCAGGAAGCGAAUCACAGUGAGCUGCGGUAAACUCCGGGAGCUUCUGCCCAGACUGCAAGGUGUCCGAAGUGAUAUGGUGACAGUUCUGGAAAUGACAAUUGCCUUUCUGGAACAUGUUAAGGUCUUUGCGGAGGGACACCAGUACAGAGAGAUUCUAUACCCACCACAAGAGCUGUACUGUAUGUGGCUCCUAGAGACCCAGCUGCGGAAGCAGGAAUGUCAAAGGAAGGUUUCUGAGGAGGAGCAACGGCAGAAUGUCCAGCGAUGCCCGAGAAGACAGGGUGUGCAGAAAUGUUUGGGUGACGGCACUAGAAGAAAGCCAAGUAGCAAUUGUAUAACUAGUUCAGAUCAGCAGGAGUCUUCAGCUGUGGAGAAAAGAGCAAAUCCACCACAGCACCUGACACUCCCGGACAUACAGCAGACUAACUCUCCAGUGGCUUCUUCAGUGUUGGAAACGCAAGAAAAAUUCUGUGCCCCAUCCUUCUGGAGUCCUGUGAACCUGAUAUCUCCACUGAGCUCUGUCUCUAGGAUCCAUUGCCCUACUCCGAUGAAUGAAAGCAUUCACUGUGAAAAUGGAAUUGAAAGAAUCUCACCUUACACAUCUGGUGCCCAUCUUCUGUAGGUUUGUCCUCAUGGAUGUAAUGAACAAGUUUGUGGCCCUGCUCCGGUUUCCAUCAACUCUUGACAGCAGCACCUCUUCAAGUAUUCCUGUGUGCUGCCUUCAGCUCAGCAUUUCCUUUUAAUUUAAUAAAAUGUAUGGCUCAACAGGGCACAAGUUCUCCAAGUGAAUAUUUAAACAAAUUGUAAAAAUUGAUUGGGUCUGGGUUUUAUUUAUUGAUAUGGGACCUGGCAUAUUCUCUUUGAGUAGAAUUUUAGAUGUACAGGUUUUCCCCCUUUCAAGUAUUCUGGGGAAAAACCAUAAGGUGAAUAAUCAUUCAUCUGAUUACCAUUCCAGUAGCAAUUUUUUUUUGUCCUCCCUACACCCCAAAAAAAGACCUUUUUAUGAUGGACCCAAUUGUCUGAACAGUUGUCAUUACUCUAAGUGCCUUCUUGUACAACUGUCUUAAGUACCUGAGUUAUCUAGAGAACUGAGGCUGCCCCGACUCCCUGUACUCUUCAGACAUUUCAAGUAGUGUGAUGACUGA